AUGUCACCGUUAAACAAUUUGGAUAAUUACAACCUACAGCAGCGUAUAAAAGAGUGGAAUGCGACUCGCCUGGAUUUAUUCAAAAUAUCCGAACCUAACAAACGAAAUGAAUUCCAUGGAGUUGUGCGGUUCUUCUUCCAAGGCGAGGACUCCAAAUACCAGGCGAAGUGCUUACGAAUCUCAAACACGGCCACUGCCUGUCAGCUGGUCAAUGUACUGGUCGAAAAAUUUCAUCCAGACCUAAAACGAUUGACAGCUGGUCGUUAUGCCUUGUAUGAAUAUCACGCUUCAAGCGGCGAACGCCGACUUGGAGCAAAUGAGGCUCCGCUGAUGGUUCAACUCAACUGGGCCUUUGAUGACAGUGAGGUCAGAUUUGUACUUCGAGAUGAGAGCAAGCCAUUACCGAGCGCCAGACAACGACAAGCACUCGAGAAUCAGCCAAGCUCACUGCAAAACGGUGGAAUGGGUGCUAAGUCAAAACAAAAACCUUCUGAUAAUGGAGAUCAUCACCAUGGUGCCGACGGCCAUUUUUCGCGACGCUGGUCUUCAGGUUCAAGGAAGAAAAAGAAAAAAUCCAAGGAUGACACCCACAAAGAUAGCGAGCACGAUAAUAUUCCGGAAACCACGUUCACUCGCACCCUGUCCAAUCCGGACGAAGUACUCAGGAGACGUCGGCAGCAGCGCAUGCAGCACAGAAAUCAACUUGACGGUGACGCCAAAGAACGCGAUGGCUCCGUGAAAAUUUACGGAGACUCGAUCAAUCCGGAAGUGCCAUUCAUUACACUUCGAUUGUCCCCAGAUGACACUGCCGAUAAGGUUGUUCAUUGGACGCUGGAGAAAUAUGGAGUAACGAAGCAAGUUAACCCACAAGAUUACUGCUUGGUCCAAAUGAACAUUCCACCGAGGGGAGAGCGCCUCCCGCUGGAUAUGGAACGUGAAUUAACCCUACACCAUCAGGACUCUCCGUUGGCGAUUCGAGAGCAGGUGCACAGUAUGACAGAACAUAUCACAUGUGUCUUCCAAAUUCGGCAUCGCCGAGCCAUCGGGAAAGAUGGCAGACGACCUCCUCCGGCAGCGCCCUCACAUCCAAGGGCUCCGCCUUCUUCCAUGGGUACUGUACAGAGACGCCACACUGUAGAACACCAGCAACCAGAAUUAUGCUCCUAUUUAAUCGAAGUGUCAGGAGAUUCAGAACACCCGGAGGUACCAGAUGGCUUGUUCGCCUCUGUGACCGAGCUCUUCAAUCAUUCAUACUCUGGAGCCAUCAGACUCGGGACGAUUGAGAAGAUGGUGGGACCACCGCCGAACAUUCUAGUGGACAAAAACUUACAUCCUGAUAUUCGUCCGGUGCACUGCACAUUCAAUGUGGUAAUGGCGAGUACGAGUGGUUCCAAAUGGCGAAUACCAAGUACUGGACAACCAGAGGAGCUGGAAUCUCUUACGCAAUACUCGUUACUCGUAACUCCAUCGCUGGACGGGUUUGCCAAGCCUCCAGGUCCAGCCGCAAUUCGCCUAAAUGAUACACGUAUCACAGGUCCAAUGAUUCUUCAACCUGGGACUGUUCUGCGGCUAGGAAAAUCACUGUGGCUGAAGUUUGUUCAGACGUAUGAGACAAUGGACGAUGGCGCGGAGGCGAUAACACCACAGGCCACAAUGGACAGGAGGAAAAAUGGAGCCCCAUCUCAAAACCUCGGAGAGAAGAGUAGCAUUCGCACAGGCGGAAGCCACCCAGGUGUCCCGCGCCGAAGCACACCGACCGAAGUCAAUUUGUCUGAUCAGAAACAAAUCUCUCAACCCGAACGGUCACGCUUGUCUGCUCCACCGAAUAUGCGAAGCGCCAGUGGGGUCACGGAGGAUCGUCUACCACUGACAAUCGAGCUUCAGGGUGCAGCUGAAUGGACCAGUAAGACAAACCUCCUGGAUCGAUAUGUGCACCUGGUCGACCAAGUGUUACGCAGCGCCAAUGCAGAUUUACAAAUUAUGAAUACCCGGGCUAAAGAGGACAAUCGUCCUGUCAUAUUCAGCUUAUCUCCGGCCUACGCGCUGUAUUUGGUGUAUCGAGCAUGCCAAAAACAGGCUACGUUUUUUUGCGGUUCGAAUCUGUCAGAUAAGGAACACACCGUUUCCUACAUUACAAAUUAUAUUGCUACCAGGGUAUUUGAGUCACUUCCGAAGGUGAUUUCUGACUCUACUGACCGCUUGCUGAUUAUACAGCCGCUUGUAUACUGGUUGGCGAAUAGCAGCGAGCUUCUACAGUUCCUGAAGCACGACAUCAGCUUAUGUUAUCCAUCUGACAGCAAAGGACAGCUCCUGGAAUCUUCGCGGUACAGUCCACCCUUACACGCUUGCCGUCAGGCCCUUCACCUUCUUGCGGAUGCCGUUGACCAUUGUUUCUAUGAACUACGCUCUUGUAUGGCUAUUCUGCUACAACCGCUACUGUACUGUCUUGUCCAUCCCGGGGACGGGGACAUGCAGGAUGAUCUCCGUCUUGAUGACAAAGCACUUCUACCAGGCAGUUAUCAGGACAGUCUACAGCAACCAACCAAAAUUCAAGCGAUAAUGCAGCUGUUCACACUUCUGAUGCAUCAAAUACGCAGAGCACGAGUUAACGCUUCACUGACGAUACAACUGUUCGCCCAGCUGUUUCACAUGGUGAACUCUCAUAUAUUUAACCAAGCUCUGAUAAAAAGCGAAGCCAAACCAAGACACGUCAGAGAAAGUGCAAACGUGUGGCUUUCGCGCCCUGGAGCAAGCCGCCUCCUACGCCGCCUUGAUCGGAUCAAGCACUGGGCUCAGCGACAAGGUUUGGAACGUGCAGCCGAGUGUCGUCUUCAAAAAUGUUUCCAGGCUUGCCAACUGGUGCUGGCGGAUCGCUCCAACUUGGAUGAUUUUUAUCAAUUAUGUAUGAGCUUCUUGUCCUUGAAUAGCAUUCAACUGGAAUGGUUGUUAUCGCAUCUGACCGACCCACCUCCGGUACCUGACGACUGGAUCGACCUGAUUGUCACCGGAGGCAGAGAAGUGAAUGAUCGAGCGAUUCUUGAUGAGAUGGAACACUGCAGUCAAACAAACCAGCACGAGCUUUCUGUUCCUGAACUGCAACUAUCUGAACCGAGAGAGCUACCGUUGCCUCUACUGCUGCCACCAGACGGAUACGCCUCAGACGCCAUUUUGACCGGAACACCAGCCGGGUUAACAGAAUUUCUGCGCCCUCUGGUCUCUAAGGGUUUGAUCCAUGUCCAAAGGAACCCAAUUGCCACUGGCUCGAAGGACUCAAGGCCGUGGAUAGGUUACCUAAAGCUCAGUAAGUUUGACCUGGAUAGCAAGAGCAACAGGACGGGCCACAACGAGAGUGACCGGCAUCCAAAUGGUUCUGACACUGAGGAAAGCGAUCUGGAAACCUCAGAUUCCCAAUCCGAACACGACAAACGCGUAAGCAAACCAAACCAACGUUUUCGUCCACGUAACCGUCAAGAAGUGGUUGGUUUACGGCACACUUCUCUACCGAACCUCUCCGUAGCAGAGUUCGAUGCGCUUGCGAAGGAGGCAAAGGUUCCGGUAGACUCGAUUACGCGGUUUUAUCUCCGAAAAUAUAACAAUAGCCUUGGGCUAAGCAUUGUUGCUGCAAAGGCCGAAGGACAGAGACAUUACGGGAUUUACGUGAAGGAUAUCGUCCGUGGUGGUGCGGCGGACAGAGAUGGCCGGUUGGACACCGGAGAUCAGAUUCUGGCCAUUGGCUCUUCCAAUCUCAUCGGAUGCGCUCAAUCGGACGCCGUUGCGACACUUGCCAAGCAGAGUCAGUCGGACGAGGGGGUUCAGCUAACAGUGGCCCAAGGCGCAGCAAAAUAUCACCACAUCCUGGAACUCAUUCGACCAGCGGCCCCCUCAAAGGCGCGUUCUCAACGAGCAGGCCACGUGCAGUCCGAAAGCGAACGCCCACUGAGUGAGAACCAGUAUCGAGCCAGUUCAACAACCCAACUUGCUCCGGCACACACUGGACAGAAACCGGUGAGCCAGCCACGCUACACCACCAGCAAACCUGAUGAAGCCAAUGUUCGUGGGUUGAAAAGUGCCAGAAGAUUUGGGGAAGCGAGUAGACAAAGUGGCUCCCUGAGUCGUUCGACUCCGUCUCUCAACUUGGCCGAAGUCGGAAUGGAUGACAGCGAUUAUCCGGCCGAGUCAGUAGCUACUGAACCCAAGGGGCGCAUUCAAUCAAAGCCUUACCAUGAUAGCCACGAGGCUCGUGCCGACGAGGUCAACAGUUUUGUCAGAACUAAGAGUUUCGGACUGUCAUCAAAUGAGGAACAAGGACAUCGCGGAAAUAUACCUCAAGGAAAACAGCUAACGGGGACCUUACCAGCCACUUCUUCUGAUUCCGACGAAUUCCGUGAGCCGCCUGCAGCACAAAGACACGAAACCCGUCGGUCAAGCAUGACCACUGAGUACACUAAACACGGGCAUCAUACAGGAAAAUCCAAACCGGCUUCCAAACUACACAGUUCCCAUUCGCAGCCCAAUAUGGUUAAACCACUGAUCCCCCAUCAAACGACCAGACACAGUUCUUUAUCCAUUGAACCUGAUAGACCGGCACUACAUCCACAGCCAAACGAGACCGGGUCCGAAGCUUUUUCCAGUCUGGAGUCUGUGUCAUCUUCUCAGACACCUUGCAGUCUACACGAUGCAGCCGGAACCAUUACGUCGACAAAACUGCCUAAGGAGAGAAAUAGAGCGCGGCACCCUCCCCCACCGUCAGUUCCUUCUCAAAAGCCGAACCGAACACCAUUGGAAGAGAAGUCUUGGCGCCAGUUGAAUCAGCCUUAUGCUUCGGAGUCUGAGUUGUUAAACCGGAAUCUUGAUAGAUACCAUUCCGGUAGCCCCAGACCACAAAGCGCUUCAAACAACCCAUCCGGUAGCCGUGUACCGUCGACUUGGCAAGAAACGAGUCUGAACUCACCGAAUGAUUCUCUACCUGUGAAGGACGGCUAUGUGGGCAGGCCAGCGGAUGAGUCGGGAUCACGAAGCUCCUUAGCAUCUGGGAGCCUGGACACGGUUGGGCUUGACGCACCUUCGAAGGAUGAGCAGAUCAGUUCCGCCGCUACAUCAACACCUGGCAGCCUAGCACCAGCUACAAUCGGCAAUACCAUCACAAAUCCAGGAGGGAAGAUGUUCACUAGUAAUCGGGAAUCACCCACUCCGUACAACAUUCGCGCAGACGCAACUGCCGGACAAGCGACAAAAAUGACACCUCCCACUGUGGCGGAUGUUUCUCACGGCCAAUUCGCAAUGACCAAACCCACUACUGGCACCACCAUGGAGGACUCCGUGUCGGAGUCACUCAGGCCCCCCGCGCAUGCGAUCGUCUCCGCCCCACGCUGGCCAGACGAUAGAGUACCCAGCUUCGCGCCAGAACUCCUUCCUGAUGUACCGGUGCUACACAAUGAUCCACAGCGUGGAAGGACAAGUCAUGGCACUUCUCUCACGCGCUUGGAUGCCGCGGGUCUACAUUUCUCUGCCAGCAGUGGUAUUGGGACACGCGCGGACGUUGUUCCCACCAGCCUACCAAUACAUUCACUGCCUCCACGCUCGACUGGCUUUAACCAUGGUUCAAUAAUUCGAAGAAGCCCUUCACCACAACUCGGGAAUGCAAGACAGUCUCAAGAUUCUUUCGGCAUGCGCCCCAUAGAUAACAUGUCCCAACCCGGACUAAGGCAACCUCCACGUGACUCCCCACCCACCAUGGUGAAACUGAACACCUUCGGAUCCCCUCCUCCCACUCCAACAGCAGACUUUCCACAGUAUCACCCACCAGAGCGACUGGAACCUGCAGACUGGACUGUGUAUGCGGCAACUCCGGAGUCGGACCAUAUCUCAACCUCACGCCAUAGUAUUGGGUCCACGGCACCUCAGGUAGCACCGAAGCCUCAAAUCCCACUUUCAUAUGCUCAUCGUCAGCCUGUCCCACUGGCCAAUGUCAGGUCGUCACAUGAGGAGCUUGAACUGUCGUCCCAGAUGCUCCCAAAUAUUCUGCCUGCUGCGCUGCCUGUCCAACCCAUUCGACAACCUGUGCAGUUGUUACCCCAACAUUACACGACAAGCGCCGCAGUACGGGUAGCUCAACUCGAAGCCGAACUGCAGACAUUGGAACUCCGGAGAGGUGGUCUCAGUGGGGGUGACGCUGAUCCGGUGAUAGACCGACUACGAGCAGAAUUGCAGUUUCAACGGCGAUUGGCGGAAAGGGAGGCAGCACGCAAAUAUCCACCUCCGCUAGAAGAGCCACGAUCGAAUGAAAGAUACGAUCGAAAUAUUGUCAAUAAUGUAGAACAACACGAGUCUAUCUGUCCUUCCAUCUCCAUCACUACAAAGCCGAAUGAGUUCAAACCGUUUGUCGGCGACUUCCAGUCCAGUCAGCGUGAAUGGGAGCGGAAACGAAGCGAGGCUGAACGCGAACUCGAAAUCAGCCAACAACGUCGUCUUAUCGAACUAGAAAAUGAGCACAAAGCCCUGCUCGCCCGACAAGAGCAACGAGCUAAGGAACGGUCAGAAUGGUUCGGACAACAGAAGGAGCGCGCUGAACAUCGUUUCAGCGGCGGUGCUAGCAAUAUGGAGGAUACCGGCUAUUUCAAACAAGCACCGGUCAUUUCGCAUUUGGCCCACGGAGUAACCACGAAUGAAAGCGGCUACCCAAAUCCAUCUACUGAGUUGCAUGGGCGCUACGGCCGACCUCGAUUUGAUCACAGGCAACAGGAUGCAAGAGGUGCGUUUCUCGUCCCACCCUACCCCAUCCAUAGCAAGAGUGGUCCGCAGGUCGUGGAAACCGAAAUCGGUCGACUACCACCGGGGAUCGGUCUGAAUGACAGUCUAAGGGUGAAAAAGUCGGUAUCUUUUGACAAAAAUCUGGAGACCAUCUCGGUCUACAGCCCACCAACAACUCCGCAAGACAGUGGAACGGAGAAUGCGGUAGCAAAACAGUCAUCUUCAGCGGGAAUCGUUGGACCGUCUUUGUUUCACACGAACUUAACGAUUCCUUCAGCUGUUCCAAAGAGCCAUUCCUCAGGAACACUAACAAGAAAUCCGACAUCUCCGAGCGAACCAUCUCCUCGUCCUAUAUCUACCUCCCCCAACCCAGUCCCAAAUGCCGAACUCCUUCCGUUCAAGGAGAAGAUGCGACUAUUUGCUCAACGAAUCGGAGAAGAACCUCCCAAGGAAAGGUCGAAAGUAUCUAGCCGACAAAAGCAACUGCUUUCAGUACCAACCGUGUUAGCCCACACUACUGCUCGGCCAGGUGGCCCCAGUUACACGCAGAACGCUGGAUCAAGCGCUGCUCGGUGAACACUUUACUGCGCACCCGCAGCUACCACUGCUGCAUCGACAACCAAAAAGCUAUUGCUCUUUCAUUAACCCCUCCCUGUUUCUUUGCGAUAGCCCAUGUAUAAAAAUGCUUCGUGCCUACGCACCCCCGUGCUUUACAACCCCCACAUCCCAUUUUGCAAAUUUCCCUCUAGUCGGACACAAUCAAUGCAUUAUACGCUAUAUUCGGACAGCAAUUUGAUAUACGGCACCCAACAAUGACGCAUCAACGAACUUUUGAUUAUUUUUGCUACAAUACGGAUAACUUAAUUCCAUGCAUUUCUUAUAAAAAUC